AAUGGCUCCGUGUGCGACAAAACCGGAAGCGUGUGUCUCACUGACUCCUUCAACAUCAUAUUGCUUCACAUCAACUUGUGGAUAAAACACAGUCAUUUUAUUUAAAAGACAUGGCUGCGUCGAAUUAUUCUUUGAAGGUCAACAGAGAGCUGCUGGACCCUAACUUCGAAAGUUACAGGUUAUCUCUGGACGCUAUACCAACGUACAACGUAGAGCUGGAUGCUACUGUGGAAGAAGUAAAGUUGAAGGAUACUCAGUACACCCUGGAACAUGUGCGUGCUUUUGGCAUGUACAACUACCUCCACUUAGACCCUUGGUAUGAAGACAGUGUAUUGUUUGUGGACUGCAAAGGACGGGUUCUCAGCCUCACAGUCACCCUGGACACCGCCCUGGGGAAGCCAAGAGAGGUCUACCGUUUAACCACUGACUCCAGCCAGUGUGAGGAUCGUCUCUGCGCGUCCCUCAGCCUCACCUCAGCGACCUGGGCAGCUCUCUCUGACGGUGCCGGCCGACUGUACCUUCUCCGCAGCGGCAAGAGGGGAGAUGGCUCCUAUAUGAAGUGGGAACCACUGUUCAAUGAAGACAUGGGGGAGCCUUUCACCAUCCUCCACAGCAUCUCACACAUUCAGGCUGGAGUGCACACCAUUGAGGUCCUGCUGCUUCGCAUCCAGAAAGACCCACAGGAAACCAAAGGAAGUGGAUUCUUAGUGUCUCUUGAGUGGAUCACAGUCGCCAACACUACAGAACAUGGUCAGGAGAAGAAGUAUGAGGUGAAGAAAAGGAGGCUCCUUAGGGGGAAGUCGGUGCCUCACUACGCAGCAGUGGAGCCGCAAGGGAAGGGGCUUAUGGUGGCCUCGGAGAAACCGUUUGUCUUCACACAUGUGGAUGGUUGUCCUGUGGAGCUGCCUGACCCAGAGCCCAUGGAGGUGGAGAAGACAGAUCCCAUUUACUUCUGGCAGCAGACAGUGGAGGACAUCACAGUGUUUGUGCGCAUGCCCGAGGGUAUCACCAAAGAAGAGGUGUUGUUUAGGCUGACAGCAGACAACAUCAGCAUCGGAGUUCAGGGUUUCCCUCCUUUACUGGAAGGCCAGCUCUACGCAUCUGUAGACCCUGAGGCCAGCACCUGGAUCAUCAAAACUGACAAAAGCCUGGAGGUGACCCUGCAGAAGCGCAGUGAGGGGCCGAUGUGGCCGGAGCUGGUGAUGGGUGACAAGAGAGGGGAGUACGUGAUGAGCGACGAGCAGGCUGCCCUCAUCCAUGAGAGGCUGGCAUACCUCACCUCUGAAGACUUGAACGGAAACAUCGACAAAGAUAAGCCCCCUUGUAACGCUCAGGAGCUGGAGGACUGUGAUGGGUUUCCAGAAGACAGCUUCAGCCUCACACACUUUGACGGGCAAUCGCUCAAGCCCUCUCAGGUGGUGAAUCUAGGCAGCAAUCAGUACCUGUUCACAGUUGAAGUGAACCCAUCUGAAAUGCCGUGCCUCUGUCUCAGACAUGAUGUGGACGCUCUGGUGUGGCAGCCCCAUCCUGACCAACCCAGUAACAUGUGGGAGCACAUCGCCACAUUCAAUGCCUUGGGCUACGUCCAGGCAUCCAAACGGGACAAAAAGUUUGCGACCUGCGCUCCGAACUUCUCCUACGCUUCACUGUGUGAGUGUCUCCGCCGCACAUUCAUCUACCGGCAGCCGUCGCCGGUGGAAACCGUCCUCUUCAACAGGAAGCAGGGCCGUCAGGUAGGGCAGGUUGCCAAACAACAGGUGGCCAGCCUGGACUCUGAUAAACCAAUCCUGGGCUUCAGAGCAACCAAUGAGAGACUGUACAUCCUGACCUCCAGUAAUCUCUUUGUUCUAAAGGUCAAUAACGAUUAGAUUUGGAACAGUUAGUUUUAGAUUUUCUUCUCCUACCCCCAAAGAGCGCCAUCAUUCCAAACUGAAGAUGUUAUCCGCUGAAACUGAUAAAAGAAAUGUCCUGAUGUGUAAAUCUGAGCUUCAUCUCUCAGCACUGAGUUCUCCUCAUGUUUCUUCUGUGUUGUGAAAUGUCUAUGAGAUCGAAAGUAAGGAACCAUGUUCUGAAAGACAAAAUACAAUAAUAAACUUUCACUAAAGCUGGAA